CGCUUAAUCUCUAAAGGCGCUAUCUUAGAACUGGUUGGCUCAUACCGUUUACACUUAACGAAGCAUUUGUGUAAUUAUUCAAAGGGAGUUACACCGUUUCUGAAGCGUAUUCUAUAAUAAAAAUGAUGUUGCACCCUUCAGAUUCUGAAGAUAUUGUCGAAGAGAGAGUAAUAAAUGAAGAAUACAAGAUAUGGAAGAGGAAUACUCCGUUCUUGUACGAUAUGCUGAUGUCACACUGCUUGGAAUGGCCAAGUUUAACUGCUCAGUGGUUGCCAUCUGUGGAAAGGACUGGGCGAGAUUACUCCGUUCAUCGUUUAAUACUGGGGACUCACACAUCUGAUGAGCAAAAUCAUUUAUUGAUAGUUACGGUUCAUCUACCAAAUGACCAGGCAGAGUUUGAUGCAAGUGCUUAUGAUAGUGAACGAGGUGACUUCGGGGGAUUUUAUUUUCCAUCUGGGAAGUUGGAAAUAUCAAUGAAAAUAAAUCAUGAAGGUGAAGUCAAUCGUGCUCGGUUUAUGCCACAGAAUCCAGACAUAAUAGCUACCAAAACACCAAGUGGUGAUGUUUUAAUAUUUAAUUACCCAAGACAUCCACCGAAAACUCCAUCAGACCGUGGUUGCCAACCUGAUUUACGUCUCAAGGGUCAUCAAAAAGAAGGUUAUGGUCUUUCAUGGAAUGUGUCUCUUAAUGGUCAUCUCCUUUCAGCAUCUGAUGAUCAGACAAUUUGUUUGUGGGAUGUUAAUGCUGCUCCUUUAGAUGGCUGUGAUCUAGAUGCGAUGGCUAUCUUUACGGGUCAUCAUUCAGUAGUUGAGGAUGUUUCUUGGCAUCUUUUCCAUGGACAUAUUUUUGGUUCAGUAGCAGAUGAUAACAAACUUAUGGUUUGGGAUACACGGAGUUCAAAUCGUACAAAACCUCAGCACCAAGUAGAUGCUCAUACAGCCGAAGUCAAUUGUCUUGCUUUUAAUCCGUUUUCUGAGUUUAUUAUUGCGACGGGAAGUGCAGACAAAACUGUUGCUCUUUGGGAUCUGCGUAAUCUUCGGCUGAAGCUACAUUCAUUUGAAUCUCAUAGGGAUGAAAUAUUCCAGGUCCAGUGGUCUCCACAUAAUGAAACUAUAUUGGCAAGCUCAGGGACUGAUCGUCGUCUUCAUGUCUGGGAUUUAAGUAAGAUAGGUAUUGAUCAGACUGCUGAAGAUGCGGAUGAUGGACCUCCUGAGUUAUUGUUCAUUCAUGCUGGACAUACAGCAAAGAUUUCAGAUUUUUCGUGGAAUAUUAAUGAUCCGUGGGCUAUUUGCUCUGUAUCUGAGGAUAAUAUUUUACAGAUCUGGCAAAUGGCUGAGAAUAUAUACAAUGAUGAUGAAAUAGAGAUGGGGAAUCCAGAACUUGAACAGCAUUCUUAGCUCGCUACUUUCUAAUCCAUUUUGUUUUAUGUUUUCGUAUAUUCUGUGUGUUUCCUUAACGUUGUGUAUAUAAGAUGCACCAAGAAAUAAACAUCAAAUUUUGUGUUUUCUACACAUGGUUGUUAUUUUGCUAAUUCAUCUAUUGAGUAAACGUUUAACUUUGAAUUGUGAUCAUUAUAAUUGAUAAAGUGAUAGGCCCUGAUUAUUAGUGUAAUAUUCAUUAAGCCACACAAUUUAAAUAUGUACGUUUACAUCAAGAUGUUUUUUGAUCCCUACUUGGUGAUUACCAGCUAUUUGUAAUAAUAUUUUUCAUUUCAGUAGACGUCUAUCAAAACUCAUUUUUUCCAUACUAAAUUGACUAUUCUUAGGGUGAGUACUCCGUCUUCUUUUAGGUCGACACUUAAAAAACUAUAGGAAAGUUUCUCGGUUAGAUUCAUCGGUUUGCGGUUCUUUGGUGUUUAUGGUUAUCAGGAUUUUGGAGAGCACUGUUUCACUAAUACAAUUUGUUGAUAUAAAAUAAUACGACUAUCUUGAUGAAGUAUUCAUAGCGUCAAAACGAAGAUAUCAACCUACUGCUUUCGCAUGUUCGAUAAUGAACGCAGUCCAUCUCACAAUUAAUUGAAGAUAAUUACAAUGAGCCUGUGGUUAGACUUAAGACAAGUUAAAAAUUGUUGGCAUUUGGUCUAGUGGCGUUUACACGCUUCAGUUGAUACGUAGACUAGUAUUUCUAAGAAAUUUGUUCUGCGACAUAAACCCUAAUUUCGGAGACCUAACUAUAUUUUAAAAUUGUGUUUAGAUAGUAGAGUAUCAAAAUAUAUCCAGUGGUGAAUGACAGUCUUGAACUGUGUUCUUAAAUUCACAUCAUUUCUUUAAAGAGGGAUCUUAUCAAUAACAAAUGCACGUGUUACUGAGAUAGCAAGCAUCAAGUUUGUACAAUUCAGAGUUUUACUCGAAAGGGAAUAAUUAUAAUUGUAUCAGUUACCACCCUAUUUUGUGUCGUUUGCAUAGGGGCUCUAUAGAGAUUCUCUAAUUUAAAAUUAUUUUUCACGAAGCGACAGUUGAAAAUCAAAGAGGUGGUUAACAUACAAACUGGCCUCAAAACUAAUGGGAUAUAGAGGAAGAUUUUCAAAAAUUGCUGUCUACUCUUAUGUAGGUGAUCGAACACAUACCUGGUUGGCAUUUUCCUGUUUUUCUAGGAACGUUAUCUUCUCGCACUAGUUGCGUUAGUUUUUAUGUUAGAAAUAGAUUGAAGUCUUAUAAACCAAAUGGCUUAUUUGUCUCGGCCUUG